GCCGCCUGCGAUGCUCAGUCAUGAAACGCGUACGCACAGAACAGAUUCAGAUGGCAGUGUCCUGCUACCUCAAGCGCCGUCAGUAUGUGGACUCAGAAGGUCCCCUAAAACAAGGGCUGAGGCUGUGUCAGACUGCUGAAGAGAUGGCAGCUAAUCUCACAGUUCAAUCUGAAUCUGGUUGUGCCAACGUUGUGUCUGCAGCUCCCUGCCUGGCAGAGCCACAGCAAUAUGAAGUACAAUUUGGACGAUUACGCAAUUUUCUCACAGAUUCAGAUUCUCAGCACAGCCAUGAAGUGAUGCCUCUUCUGUAUCCCCUCUUCGUCUACCUCCAUCUGAACAUGGUCCAGAAUGGCCUAAAAAGCACAGUGGACAGUUUUUACAGCCGCUUCCAUGGCAUGUUCUUGCAGAACGCCAGCCAGAAGGAUAUCAUUGAGCAGUUGCAGACUACCAUGACUAUUCAAGAUAUCCUGUCCAACUUGAAGCUCCGGGCUUUUCUGGACAACAAGUACGUCAUCCGCCUUCAAGAGGACAGCUACAACUACCUUCUUCGCUACCUCCAAAGUGACAACAACAACGCCCUGUGCAAAGUCCUGACCUUGCACAUUCACCUGGAUGUGCAGCCCGCCAAGAGGACUGACUACCAGCUCUACUCCGGUGGGAGCUCCUCGCGCAACGAGAGCAACGGCCUGGAACCCAGCGAGGUGCCGGCUUCCAUUCUGCAGAAUGAGGCGGCGUUGGAUUUACUGCAGGACAGCAUUAAACGUGUCAAGGACGGGCCCCCUUCCUUAACAACCAUCUGUUUCUAUGCCUUCUAUAACACGGAGCAGUUGCUGAACACUGCAGAGAUUUCACCAAAUAGCAAGCUGCUUGCUGCUGGGUUCGAUAAUUCAUGUGUGAAGCUGUGGAGCCUCCGUUCCAGGAAGUUAAAAUCUGAGCCUCACCUCGUUGAUGUGUCCCGCAUCCGCCUGGCUUGUGACAUCCUGGAUGAGGAGGAGGAAGAGGACGACAGCACAGGCACAGAAAUGAAGAUCCUGAGAGGACACUGUGGACCUGUGUAUAGCACGAGGUUCCUUUCAGACAGUUCAGGACUCUUAUCUUGUUCUGAGGACAUGUCCAUCAGAUACUGGGACCUCGGAAGUUUUACAAACACUGUGUUGUACCAAGGACAUGCCUAUCCUGUCUGGGAUUUGGAUAUUAGCCCCUGCAGCCUGUAUUUUGCCAGUGGUUCCCAUGAUCGCACUGCAAGGCUCUGGUCAUUUGAUCGGACGUACCCGCUGCGAAUAUAUGCAGGCCAUUUGGCGGAUGUAGACUGUGUCAAGUUUCACCCCAAUUCCAACUACUUAGCGACGGGCUCCACGGACAAAACUGUGCGCUUAUGGAGCACUCAGCAAGGCAACUCGGUGCGUCUUUUCACCGGGCACCGUGGCCCCGUGCUAGCGCUUGCGUUUUCUCCCAAUGGUAAGUACCUGGCAUCGGCAGGUGAAGACCAGCGGCUAAAGCUGUGGGACUUGGCAUCAGGAACUCUUUACAAAGAACUGAGGGGGCACACAGACAACAUAACCAGCCUUACUUUUAGCCCUGACAGUAGUUUAAUUGCUUCGGCAUCGAUGGACAAUUCAGUCCGGGUCUGGGACAUUCGGAACACUUACUGCAACGCCCCUGCAGAUGGGUCUUCCAGUGAACUGGUUGGUGUAUAUACCGGACAAAUGAAUAAUGUACUGAGCGUACAGUUUAUGGCCUGUAAUCUUCUUCUAGUGACUGGAAUUGCACAAGAAAAUCAGGAACAUUAAUUUUUUUUUUUCUUAGGGAAGUGGGUGGGUGUAUUGAAUGCCAGAGUCCAUUGCAAGCUGAGAUUACUGACUGUGAAACACUUUUCCUCUGCCCCCUUGAAAGGCAUGUUCAGAGCGAUGCAAAUGCUUUAAAAUGUCUUGCCCACAAAGGCCUAUGCUGUUGAAUGGAAUAAGGAAAAAAGGAGGAGUGAUGAAAAUACAUAUACAUUCUAAUCUUGUACUUGUAGGGAUGGGGAAAAGGGGAGGAAAUCCAGUAGCUUGGGGAAACCAAAAGCCUGGUCCAAACAAGUGAAACUGCCAAUCAGAUAAGCUGCUGACCUGCACUUAAAUAUCCUGCAUUGACUGAUGGGCACAUCUUACCUACUGUUAACUGAGGCUUGAGUGUGUGGAGAACUACUGGCCCAGUGUUUUUUGUUUUGUUUUGCUUUUGUUUUCCUGGUAUUGCAGAGGACCAGCAUUUUAAGACCCUUAUAUUAAAAGAACAUUAUGUAUUUUCUACAGUGAUAGUGGUCCUAAAUAUUACAGCUCCCUAUAGCACUUCUGGAAUAUUUUGGACUAGCCAAGUAGAAAAUAUCAUCUUUUUAGUAAGGGGAUGGAAAUCUGACCUCAGUUGGGGCCCAUCUCUGCAUUGUUAUUUGGGUUUGGUUCCUGGUACUAGCUGUGAUUUUUGUAUUUAUGUUCCAUUAAUUAGGAAUCUUUCUGAAUCUGGUUGCACUGUGUUUUGAGGAUGGGAGGACAGUGGGGUAGAGCAGUGGCUUUAAGGGUAAUAAAAAACUUGCCUUGUCUGGAGGGAGGGCACGAUAGAACUGAAGCGGCUAAGUUUGGACUCCUAAUGGAAAUGGGGCAUGUCAAUCCACCACUGCACCUCACAGAAAUAUUUCCGUAAAUGGAAGUUGGCAGUCUAGGGAGAGGGGGACGGGGAGAGAGAGACACACAAAGUGACACGGGAGAAAAUAGUAUUACUAAAUUAUUGUGCAUACACAGAGGCAACUCUGCCAGUGUUGGAUUUUUCUCAAAAUGUUGCAAUAUCAGUUUCAUGAACACUUUGUGAGAUAAAUCAUCAGCAUUUACAACAAGGAUCUGCGGAAAAGCACGUUCUAGUUUGUCAUUUGGAGAGA